AACAAAAGUAAGAAUUGAACGAGCAAAGUAUUCCAAGUUCAAACGUCGACAAAACCUCACUUGAUUCAAUUCAGUUUCGGUCUUUUUAAGACAAAAAAAAACAAGUUUUUCUGAAUUUCUGUAAUCGAAAGUUUUCUCCUUUUUUUCUUCUUUUUCAUCGUUAGGGUUCUUUCAAGUUUCAGUUCCGCCGAUAAAAUCGUGAAAAAUACCAAAAACAAUUCGAAGAAGAAGACGAAGAUAGGUUUCGAAGUGUCAAGGAGCCACACAAUCGAGGAAAGGAGUCGGUGGUGAGUCGAUAAGUAUUCUCAAAAAAGAAGAUGAACAGAAGUAGCAGCAAUUCAGAAGGUCCUAAAGCAGAGCAGAUCAUAUUCGAGUUCUUUGCUAAAAGCCUCCACAUAAUCCUCGAAUCAAGGACUCCUUUCAUGUCUUCACGAAACUUUAGCGGUGACCAAAUGCUCUGUUCUCCUUGCUCAUCCUCUUCAUCUUCCUCAAGCGUCAGGCCUCGUGACAAAUGGUUCAACCUAGCUCUCCGUGAAUGCCCUGCAGAGUUAGAGAGUUUCGAUAUCGGGCGUAGAAGCAGCGUUGAGCCUCUGGUUGUUGAUGUGGUUCUUGUAGUUGUUGGUGGUGAACAAGAUGAGACAAAGAACGAGCAAGUAAUAGAGAGAUGGUUGGUUCAGUAUGAUAACAGAAGGGUUAAGGAAGCUGCUGCUGCUUCUGCUUCUAGUAGUGGUAGUAGUAGUAACAGGAGGUCAAGUAGUAAUAAUAAGUUGCAAGUGAUGUAUAAGAAAGCAACUUUACUGCUGAGAUCAUUGUUUGUGAUGGUCAGGCUUUUACCUGCGUAUAAGAUCUUCAGGGAGCUUAACUCCUCUGGACAAAUCUGUAAGUUUAAGCUUGUCCCUAAGGUUCCCACCAUAGUUGAGCCAUUCACUCGUAGAGAAGAAGCGGAGAUGCAGAAGUUUGCGUUCACACCGGUUGAUACAAUCUGCGGUAGGCUUUACAUGUCAGUGUUGUAUCGUUCCCUCUCAGACGUCAGCUGCCAACACUCGUCUCCUGUGUCUCCAACGUUUAUAACAGAUUACGUUGGAAGCCCUUUAGCUGAUCCGUUGAAGAGGUUCCCUUCUCUUCCACUUUCUUACGGUUCACCUCCGUUGCUGUCGUUUCAGAGGCGGCAUAGCUGGAGUUUUGAUAGGUACAAGGCCUCUCCUCCACCUUCGGUUUCUUGCUCACCGUCUCCUACACGGUCGGAUUCACAAGCGUUGGUUCGUCGCCUUCCUGAUAUACCUACUGGUCGUAGGAAGGAGAGUUAUGUUGAAGAGUGUUUUCCUUCUCAAGAAUUCUCCCCUCCUUGUUCUCCUUCAGGGCAUGUGGACGCUGCUGUCUCAAGAGGCAUCACGCGUACUGAAAGUGCUCCGGUUAGAAUCCCGGCUCCUAGUUUUGAGUCCAAGCAAAACUUGGUGGCGCCUUCUCCUCGUUUGAAGUUGUUAAGACAAGCUUCUUUGAAGCCUGUGAGAAACAGUGGUGCUGCUGAGUCUGGAGCAGGAUUGGAGAAGCUGUUUCUUUAUGGGAGAGAAGACUUUAGGAGGAGCUCUGGAGUGAGGCUAUCUACCAACAGCUCACCGAGGAUAUCACUUUCUAGAAGCUCAAGUAGAUCAUACCAAGAUGAUAUUGAUGAUACUGAUUUCCCUUGCCCAUUUGAUGUUGAGUAUGAUGAGAUUACCGAUCCUAGCAGCAGACCAGGAUCGUUCGACCAGAGAGGAGAUAUACAUGAACCACCACUAGAUUCAAGUGGUGGUUCAUACCCAAAGAAGUCACAAGAUGCUGCAGUUGGUGCUCUAGUGAAUAUGCUGAAGAAAGCUCCACCUCUCAGACAAGACAUCUCUGAAUCUUCCGUACCUGAAAUUUAUUGGAAUAACAACAACAAAACUGGACUAGGUCAGGAGAUAGCAGCAGCGUCGUCUAUGACAGCAUCAGGGAUUGGUCUGGCGGCAAAGACAACAGCUGAUGCGAUGGAAGAGUUGAGGUCUUACAAGGAAAUGAAGAAUGUGUUGCUUAGCCAAUCCACAAUGGGUUCUUCCUCAGUUACUGCUACUACACCCUUUGAUGUUACAGAAUCUUGACCCUUUUGGGUUUUGGUUAGUUUCGGUAUUGGUUGUUCGGGUUGGUUUUUGAUUAAUUCAUAAUGUGCGUAUGUAUUUAUUACUAAGCUAUCGUAAGUUUGAGAUUGGUCGGUAUCUAUGUAAAUAAACUUAUAUCCC